UGGACAUCGCGGGCGGGGCGCACCUAGACUCUUCCUCGCUCGAACUCCACUCGCCACCCCGGCCGCCCCGCCCCGCCGCCCUCGCAGUAAGGGGCGCGGGCGGGUCAGGGCGAGGAGGAGGGUCCGCCGCCGCCAGCACGCGGCCGGAGCCAGGGCAGGGAGCAGGGAGUCGGAGGCCCGCGCCGUCGGGGCUCGGGGCGCGGCCAUGGAGCUCUGGCCGUGGCUGACCGCGGCGCUGCUGCUGCUGCUGCUGCUGGUGCAGCUGAGCCGCUCCGCCAAGUUCUACGCCAAGAUCGGCCUGUACUGCGUGCUCUGCUUCACGGUGGCCGCGGUGGCCGCGGUCGUCUGCCUGCUGCGCCACGGCGGCCGGACGGUGGAGAACAUGAGCAUCAUCAGUUGGUUCAUCCGGUCCUUCAAGUACUUAUACGGCCUUCGCUUUGAGGUAAAGGGCCGUCAGAAGCUGGAGGAGGACCGCCCCUGUGUCAUCAUUUCCAACCACCAGAGCAUCCUGGACAUGAUGGGCCUCAUGGAGGUCCUCCCUGAUCGCUGCGUGCAGAUUGCCAAGCGCGAGCUGCUCUUCCUGGGGCCCGUGGGCCUGAUCAUGUAUCUGGGAGGCGUUCUCUUCAUCAACCGGCAGCGCUCCAGGAUGGCCAUGACCGUGAUCUCUGAUGUGGGCAAGCGCAUGGUCAGGGAGAAGCUCAAAGUGUGGAUCUACCCCGAGGGCACGCGGAAUGACAACGGGGAUCUGCUGCCUUUCAAGAAAGGUGCCUUCCACCUGGCCAUCCAGGCCCAGGUGCCCAUCAUCCCCGUGGUUUACUCCAGCUUCUCCUCCUUCUACAACUACAAGACGAAGCUGUUCACCUCAGGAACCAUCAAGGUGGAAGUGAUGGACGCCAUCCCCACCACCGGCCUCACUAUCGCCGACGUCCCCGAGCUCUUGGACACCUGCCAGCAGGCCAUGAGGACCACCUUCUUCCACGUAUCCCAGCUCCCCCAGGAGAAUGGGGCCCCCGCAGGGCCCGAUGCCCAGGCAUCCCAGUAGCCGAGGCCCAGGCAGGGCAGGACCUAGCUAGACAACGGACAGAGGGACCCCUGCCCACCAAAUACCACUGUGUCUCCUCCCGCGGCUCUCCCAACUUUCCUCGGGCCCUGGAAGCAAGGGACCCCUUCCUGUCACUGGCCUCAGGUCCAGGCCCCUGAUGUCCCUGCAAAGGAGAGUCACCUGGAGCCCCCCCCAAGCUCUGAGGGCAGGGCCUCACCUACCCUUGUGCCUCCGGGGUCCAGUGUGGGAGUGGGCCUGGGCCCUGAUGGGCUGAUGGGGCGGGGCCAGUCUGCCCAGCCCCCACCCUCCUGCCUGGGCUUGGGGGGCACAGAGGUUGGAUCCGGGGUCCCAGCCAUGGCCUGCAUCAGGCUUUCAGAGAGGUGGGGCUCUGGGGGGCCAGGACGCCUGGUCUUAUGCCACCUGGGCCUCAGGGGGGCCAGAAAGCAGGGUCUGUGGCUCCCACCGGCCUUGGGGAGCAAGUCUGCUGAAUUGGUACCGCGCUCAUCGUUGUUUUUUAUAAACGAACUCUUAGAAGUA